AUGACCCCAACACACUUCAGCUUUACCACAGCGUUUAUUCUAGGCCUCUCGGGAGUAGCGUUUCAUCGAACCCACCUUCUUUCUGCACUUUUAUGCUUGGAAGGUAUAAUGUUGUCACUGUUUAUUGCCUUGUCACUCUGGUCAUUGCAAGUAGGAGCAACAAAUUUUACACCAGCACCUAUGAUGCUGCUCGCUUUCUCAGCAUGUGAAGCAAGUGCAGGACUAGCGCUAUUAGUAGCGACAGCUCGUACUCACGGCACCGACCGCCUUCAAAACCUAAGUCUUCUACAAUGCUAA